GCGCCCUGCGGCAUGGAUUACCCCGAUCCCGCCUCGCAGCAUGGCGCUUGGGACCUGCCCGGCGAGCCCAGCGCCCACGGCGCCGCUUCCUGCGAACAGCCGGUCGGCAGCGAGGAGGAGGCGGCGCCGAGCUGCGGCUUGCAGCGUCCCCUCACCCGGCGGUCCCGCCGCCCCCAGCAGCUCUCCGCACCGCCGCUCGCCACGUUCUCUACCUCCUCCUCCGAGGGGGAGCUGGAUGCGGCGGCCACUCUGCAGCGGGAGCCGAGCCUGAGUGACGAGGCCGGCGGCGGCGGCGGUUUCGAUUCGGCCGAGUCCGGCGCCUCGCUGCGCUACUCCACGGGAACGGGCGGCGAGUACAGCGAGGGCGAGGGAGCGGGGCUCGCAAGCAGCGAGAGCGGCGGCAGCGGCUUCUACCUGGCGGCGGCAGCGCUGCCCGAGAGGAGGCGGCCGGGCGGCGGCCGGCCCCGCUAUGAGAUGGUGCGGGAGCUGAGCGCCGAGGAGGUGCGCUGGUUCUACCGAGAGGACCGGAAGCCCUGGAAGCCCUUCAUCGGUUACGACUCGCUGCGGAUCGAGCUGGCCUACCGCGCCCUCGGACCCGAGCCGCGGGAGGGCGAGGCGGCGGCAGUGGAGCCGGUGUGCGUGAGGAGCGGGCUCUAUGAGGUGGACGUAGCCAACGCGGAGUGCUACCCUGUCUACUGGAACCAAUCAGAAAAGAUCCCUGUGAUGCGUGGACAGUGGUUUAUUGAUGGCACAUGGCAACCUCUGGAAGAGGAGGAAGGUAACUUAAUAGAACAGGAGCAUCUCAACUGCUUCAAAGGCCAGCAACUGCAGGAGAGCUUUGAUAUAGAAGAACAGGCAAAACCUGUUGACAGGAAGGAGGUUCUCUACUACCUACCUUCUUCCUCCCUCCCUUCUUUGUUCAAAUGGAGAGGAUAUAAGAAUUCAGAUGCUGCAUGUCUUAAGCGAAAGCAUCCCGAAGCUAUUCACAGUCUGAAGUUGAGUCGCAACCAUGUGGACUGGCACAGUGUGGAUGAAGUGUAUCUUUACAGUGAUGCAACAACAUCUAAAAUUGCAAGAAGUGUUACACAAAAGCUGGGGAUUUCCAAAGCUUUAAGUAGUGGGACAAGGCUACAUAGAGGCUAUGUAGAAGAAGCUACAUUAGAAGACAAGCCACCACAAAUUAGUCACAUUGUGUUUGUUGUGCAUGGUAUUGGGCAGAAAAUGGACCAAGGAAGGAUCAUCAAAAAUACAGCUAUGAUGCGAGAUGCUGCAAGAAAAAUAGAAGAAAAGUAUUUUUCUGAUAUCUCAACACUUGCUGAAUUUCUUCCAGUUGAAUGGAGAUCAAAACUUACCCUCGAUGAAGACACUGUGGACUCCAUUACUCCAGAUAAAGUACGAGGUUUAAGGGAUAUGUUGAACAGCAGUGCAAUGGAUAUCAUGUAUUAUACCAGUCCCCUUUACAGAGAUGAACUAGUGAAAGGGUUGCAGCAAGAGCUGAACCGGCUAUACACACUCUUCUGUGCCCGGAAUCCAGAGUUUGAGGAGAAAGGAGGGAAAGUCUCAAUUGUGUCCCACUCACUGGGCUGCGUCAUUACCUAUGACAUCAUGACGGGCUGGAACCCGGUCAGGUUUUAUGAACACUUGCUGCAGAAGGAAGAGGAGGAACUUCAAGACAGCUGGAUGAGCUAUGAAGAGCAACGUUUACUUGAAGAACUUCACAUAACUAAAAACCGGUUGAAAGAGAUAAGAGAGAGAUUACGUGGGUUAAAGGCAUCCACCAUAUCAGAACCACCUGUCUUAAAAUUUAAGGUAGAGAAUUUCUUCUGUAUGGGAUCUCCAUUAGCAGUGUUUUUGGCAUUGCGUGGCAUCCGUCCAGGAAACUCUGGUAGUCAAGACCAUAUUCUGCCCAGGACAAUUUGUAACCGCUUACUAAAUAUUUUUCACCCAACAGAUCCAGUGGCCUAUAGAUUAGAACCUUUAAUUCUGAAACACUACAGCAACAUUUCGCCUGUCCAGAUCCACUGGUACACCACUGUAAACCCUCUACCUUAUGAGUGUAUGAAGCCAAGUUUUCUCAACCCGACAAAAGAACCUACCUCAGUUACCGAUAGUGAAAGUGUGUCAACUGUACCAAGCCCAACUACUUCACCAGUCAUGGCUCGACGCCCCUAUGGGGAGUCUAUAACAAACAUAGGCAAAGCAGGUAUAUUAGGAGCUGCAAGCAUUGGGAAGGGCCUCGGCGGGAUGCUUUUUUCAAGAUUUGGUCGAUCUAGUACAGCCACCCCGCAGACACUCGAGGCAGGAAAAGAUGGAGCCGAGGAGGAUGACAAGAAGGCCACAGUGGCUGGGGAGCCCCUUUUACUGCACAGCAACAGCUCGAGCUUCCUUGAACCCGCAGUGGAACUGGAGCACAGGAUUGAUUUCGAGCUCAGGGAAGGUCUUGUGGAGAGCAGAUACUGGUCCGCAGUCACAUCACACACUGCCUAUUGGUCAUCUCUGGAUAUUGCUUUUUUCCUUCUAACCUUCAUGUACAAACAAGACCAAGAAGAUACAGACAAAUCCAGUAUGGACGCUGUUUGAAUUUUUGACUGGGGAUGGGGCGGGAUGGGAAAGGAAAUUUUAAAACCAGUGGCACAAAACUGAUGUUUUACUGUUAAACUUUAGUAAAUAGGGCAUGGAGGUUUCAGGUUUAAGUGCAUGUUUGGAUUUUUUCCUAUUUCUAAGGAGCAAAAAUUAUUUGUAUUUAAAAGCACUUUAUGGUUUUAAACAUUUUGCAGUGCUUAAUUAGACCUGACAUGAUUCCAAACUCUUGUCAACUUUGACUGUAUAAAAAGCCAAUACAAUGUGUAGCAUCCUGUAAGCACAGUUGUGCAGUGUGCUUGGGUGACAUACUUAAUGACCAUAAUUGCUGUUCAAUUCAUUAAAGUAUAAAAGUUCAGUUGAUUAAAAAAAAUAUUAAUUUCCAUUAACAACAAUAUAUGUUAGAUACAAACCUAAAACUGCCAUGUUCUGAUGUCUUAUGUAUCAGUUAAUAACAAACGGUGGUAUCAUUUCUAGGACUUUAUUCAGCUCCACAUCCUGUUAUCCACAGUACCAUUGAAAGGCCAUUCUGACUGCUGGUUUCUGAGGGAAUAUUAUACGUGACACAUUUAGAAACUAAUGCUGAAAAAGCAUGAAGCAAAUAUUUGAAAUACUGUACUUAUAAUUUAUUAUUAUCGCUAAUUGUUUCAUUUUAUUCCAGUGUAUAAAACAUGACUUUUUUACAGGUUUCUUUUGACAUAAUUUAAGAACCACAUUUAUUUUCUACAGUGUGAAGAUUUUUCCUCAGAAAUACAUAUCUUUGUACGACUAUUCAAAUGAAAAUAUGGCACUGUGGCACACUUUAAGUAUUUUUUCAUUAAAAAUAAAUGUUUGUGGUUUCACACAAAUGGCCUCAGUCACAUUCUUCUCACAGGUAAGUAACUGCCUUUGCUUUUUUAGGUCCCAGAUGUUUCUCAGGCACAUGAAGGUUUUUACUUCACAUUAGGCUUGGUUUGACGAGGAUCCAGUUGUCUUUUGCCUACUAUUAUUAAACAUAUGUAUGCGUGUGCAUAAAAUGUGUAUAAUAAUGUGUGUAUAUAUAUAUUAUAUACAUGUGCAAGGAUCCUAUCAAAGGAAAGAGAGCAGCAUAAAAUAAAUUUGGUGAGGCCUGAAAAUA